GUGGGUUCUGUGCCGGGGAAGCUACUUAAGAGGGGUUGCCGAGCCCUUUAGAUUGGCUCAUUUCCAGCCACCGGAUUCAGAUGGUUUUGCCAAAACAGAACCAAAAGAAAUAAAAGUAGUGGUUUUGGCUUUUCUACCAUGAGGUAGAAAGGAAGCGCCUGGGAGAGGGGUGCGGAGCGCGCGCGGCGUUUGAACCGUUGCGAGGCGCCUCGUGGGACGGAAGGAAGGCGCAGGCCCUUAGCCGGUUGUUGGCGCGGCCUGGACCGAGGGGAGGGAGCAGCUGCGGUGGGUCCCGCCCCGGAGUUCGCGGGAGGCAACAGCUCGGGGCAGUCGGGGAAGGGCCCGCGUGGUUGCCUUGGGCUCCUCCGAAACAGGCGUCGCGAAGGGGAGCCAAGAUGCUGCGCUCCGCGUUGCUGCCAGCCUUGGCUCGAGGCUGUUUGCGGAGGAGCCUCCCGCAGUUCCGCGCGGGAGGAGCGGAGGGGAGGCAGCGGCGGUGCCUCUUCUCCGGCUCUCCCUCGUCCGCUUCUCACUGGAGCAAAGUGGUCUCCGAAGCCGAGAAGAUAGUGGGCUAUCCGACCUCGUUCCUGAGCCUCCGCUGCCUUUUGAGCGACGAGCUGAGCAACAUCGCCAUGCAGGUGCGCAAACUGGUGGGGACCAGGCACCCGUUGCUCAACACGGCCAGAGGUUUUGUGUUGGAUAGCAGGAACAACCUGCAGAUGAGAGGCUUAGUGGUUUUACUUAUAUCUAAGGCAGCUGGGCCCAGCAUAACAGCAAAGAGCUCCCUCCAAAAUGAUAUGAUCAGUGGGAUAUAUUCUAGCCAACGAAGUCUGGCAGAGAUUACUGAGUUGAUUCACACAGCUUUCCUGGUACAUCGUGGGAUAGUAAACAUUGGUGAACUGACAUCAUCGGAUGGCCCGUUGAAGGACAUGCAAUUUGGAAAUAAAAUGGCUGUCUUAAGUGGUGAUUUUCUUCUAGCAAAUGCAUGCACAAGCCUUGCUGAGUUGCAAAAUACUAAGGUGGUAGAGAUCAUGUCAAGUGCCAUUGGUGAAUUAAUACAAGGGAUAUAUUAUGAAAAUUCAAACUUGGAAAACGGAAAUGGUCUCACAGAUGACAUUGGGAUAUCAACGUGGAAGGAGCAAGUUUUCCUGUCCCAUAGUGCCUUGCUGGCAAAAAGCUGCCAAGCUGCAAUGGAAUUGGCAAAACAUGAUGCAAGGAUCCAGAAUAUGGCAUUUAAGUAUGGAAAGCACAUGUCUAUGAGUCAUAAGCUAAAUGUCGACAUUCAGCCAUUUUUGAAUGAAAGUUCUAAUGAUUCUGUGGCCUUCAGUUUAAAUUCUGCUCCUGUAGUCUUGCAUCAAGAUGUCAUUGGAAGAGAAGCCUGGAUUAAGCAGAUUGAAGAGGCUCAAGUUAAAGGAAACUUAAUAGACUAUACAAAGUUGCAAGAUGCAAUCAAGGCUGGCAAAGGUGUGACUUCAGCUAUUGACCUAUGUCGUUACCAUGGAAACAGAGCACUGGAGGCUCUGGAGUGCUUCCCUCCCUCAGAGGCCAGAUCUGCUUUAGAAAACAUUGUUUAUGCUGUGACAAGAUUUUCAUGAUCUACAAUUGGGAAAAGGAGCCACUUUUUGUUUGCAGUAAUGAGCAGAACAGAUAAUAGUGGAGAGCGUCAAGAUCUGCCAUUGCUCCGCAUCUAAAUGUGUCAGUGGCUUUAAAAAACGUGUUUUUGUUCCACUCACCACAUUCCCAAACUAACAUAUACCCUUCGGAACUGCUACAAACAAAAUUAGGGGAAAAAGGUCAAACAGUUUUCACUUGUCAUGCCAGAAGCACACUUGAGGCUGCACUGGUAGCAAUAAUUAAUGAGACUCGCUUCUGUGACCUCAGCAAAUGGACAGGAAAUAAGUCCUUAUUGAUUGGACAUAGCCAGGGAUGGCGCCAGUGUGGUGGCCUGUGGUUUUCCUGCACUAGAGAAGACAGAGGGGGGCCCUGAAGCUGCAGGUGUCGGGAGAAAUGCUUUCUAAAUCUGCCAGAGAGAGGGCUGUUUAAAACCAGAAUUAAUGUACCAAUUUAUCAACAUGAAGGGCAGCUCGAUGAAUUAGCAGGGGAAAGGAGGGAAUCUUUUAUCUGACUACAUGCCGCUAUGUCUCCUCACACUGUUUCGUUAUGUAUUUACAUAUAAAAUUACCCUUUGCCUAAUGCAUUGUGUGUUUGAAAGAGUUGCUGAGAGCGCGCAUCAGGUAUGGUAAGAGCUUUGUAAUAUUUAUGUGGUUCUGCAGAAAAGAAUAAUUUUGAACGUGCUGUUUGUAUAGUCUUCAAUUUGGUUCAGUGGGUGGGGUUUUAAACUUCCAGGGUAAUAUAUUUGCCUUCUGUAUAAUAUGUCACUUAUUUCAGCAAAUGCAGGUACUACAUUUUCCUUGAUUUACUGAACAUUUUGUUUUAAUUCACACCAAAUAAAUGCUUCUUCAUACAA